AUGUACAAGGAUUUAUAUAACACCUUAGAACCGAUCAUGUGGGUGUGGCGAUUUGUUGGCGCAUAUCCGUUCGUUAUUAGAGGUCCGAUCGGCUCGCAACAAUACGUUCUCAGCACUUAUUCGAUUAUGUUGAGCCUAAUUUUCCUAAUUGUGACACUACAAUAUUGCUAUAAAUCUGUCGACUUUAUAAAUCAAUCAGCAACGGAAUAUUCGUUAUUCUUGAUUACAAUAAGCGUUCAACAAGUAUCCAACGUCAUAUGCUUCUUCGAUAGCGUAGUUUUGAAAUUAUUUUUCGGAAAGAAGAUUACUCGCUCCAUAGAAAACAUUGCGAUUCAAGAUAAAAAGCUUUCUAAAAUCGGAUGUAGCUUGAACUACUCACAGGCUGUCAGGAAAGGUCGCUUGUACAUCUUCAUUCUUUUCAUUUUUCUCUGCUUUCAUAUUCAUUCGGAGUUGGUUUAUUUCAAUGGCGGAGCCCCUCUAUUGUUACGAAUAUUCGGAAAUUAUCUGGCAAUGCUGCAAGUAGCCAACGUCAUACUUUUUGCUUGGCUGAUGUUCAACGUGGGCCUGAGGUUUCAAGUUAUCAACUGUAAAAUAAAAACUUGCAUUUUCGACAUCGAAUGGGCAGACCAGAACUCGUCGUGUCUUCUAGUUUUGCGAACCACGGCAAAGGCUCACGCCCAACUUUGCCAGGCAGCCAAAAUAAUCAAUGGAACGUUUGUGUUGAGCAUAAUAAACUGCGUGCUGUCAGCUUUUAUUUUCACCACUACAAUGCUUUAUUACAUUUUCAUGGAAUUAAAGAAUACACUACCCUUUAGUCACGCUGUAUACUACUGUUCCGUUAUACUAAUACACGCGACGACGAUCGUUAUUAUUGUGCAAAGCUGCAACUGGGUUCAUAGAAAUGCUCACGCCACCGUGAAAGUGCUUCAUGAAUUCUCCAAGGAAAACAAUCGAUUUGACGACGAUAAGCAUCUUAAUCAAAUAAUUCACAACUUUUCGAUGCAAAUUCUACACCACAAUCUCACUUUUUCUGCUUGGGGAUUGUUUCCGAUCGAUUCUACACUCCUGCAAUCGCUUGCUGAGGCCGUGACUACAUAUCUCGUGAUUCUCAUACAAUUCGAUCCACUCGUAACUUAG